AUGCAAUCAAAACGCGAACCUCCAUCCUUGCUCGAACUUAGCAAAUUUCAUCGACAAAAACGAGAAAACCUAUUGAACGGAAAAAAAUGUAUUGAGAAUCAAAUUCAUCCUAUCCCCGAAAGAAUUAAUACGUGUAAUUCCCAAAGUUCAAGUAAUCCUGGCGUCCUCAAAGACACUGAACAACCAACCGACAGACAAAUGGCCAGUGAAGAUACUGAAUGCCAGAAUGGUAUUUCAGAGCAAGCAUCUCGCACAGGGACCAUCCGAGUGAAAGACGAAUACAGAAGGCAAAGAAAUGGCGAAUGUUAUACGGGCAAUGAGUACAAAAGCAACAAGAACGGACCGUUCAACUCUGAAAGAAAGGGUGACAUGGUCGACGAUGGUUUAAACCCUCACGAAUUGUCACACUCCGAGAAUCAUUGCCACAGAACGCAAAGAAACGGCAGCGAGUGCUGUAUGAAGAAUGGGGGACUGAACAGCACCACUCUAUCGAGCGACCAUGGAUGCGCGUACCAAAUUCAGUGCAAUAAUUACGAGGAAACAUAUCACAAUGGUAAAAGAAAAAGAGGGAGAGGCGAACAGUGUAUGAAGAAUACGGUAAAGAGCGGUAAUAAAAACCCGGUCGAGCAAUCAGCGAAAAACUUAUCUCCCUCUUCGAUUCAAUCAGCCGCUAGAAUUCUAGUUUUAAGGGAAGAGGUGAUCUACCACAACGCUUCGACGCGAAUAAAAUCACUACCGUCUCAAAAAUCCUCAAAGCAACAAGUGAGAGAAACGAAAUCAUUCCCAUUGAUUAGAGACAAGGAUGAACAAAGAAUUGAAACUAUAUCUGACGGUUCAAGGAUAAAAAUUUUAGCCGAAAGAGAAAGUAGAAUGGCGCCUUUUCAGCAAGUCUCCAAACAACCAGCGAAAGAAAAAAAUUGGCUAUUUAUUCCAGCAAGCUCGGCACAGCCGAGAUUGGUGGACCUUCAGCACAACCGACACUCAGGACAACCGACACGAGAAUCGACAGUGGUUGCAACUGAAGAUUUCACGGGGCAUCCCGCGAGCAAAAUGAGGUGGAUCCCGAUUCAGCCUGAGACUUUCAAUACUCCAAGAGCCUCCGGACAGCGGGAAACAGAAACAAGAUUAGUUCUGACUAACCAAAUCUCGGGACACAGGCUGACAGAAUCGGUACCGGUUGCGGCUGAAAACAACACGCGGCAAACCGCAAAAACAAAAAUGUGGACAAACAUACAGCAUGAACCCUCAGGACGGUCCCAAAUUCAAAAUCCCUCGGGACAGCCCGCUCGAGAAACAAGACUGCUAGCAACUCAACAAACUCCGGAACAACUUGAUAAGCAAGUGAGGAGGGUGCACAUUCAACAGAACCCAGGAGAACCUGCAAAAGAAACCACAUGGGUUCCCAUUCAGCAAUGUUCGGGACAGGGCGUAAGGAAAACAAAGUUAGUGCCGAUUCAACAAACGUUGAGACAGCCCGGAUGGGUACCGACCCCACCACCAGCAGCAAAACCACCGAUAAAAACAAGAUCGCAGCCGACAGAGCAAGCAUCAAGCACAUUAAGGAAUUAUAAAAGACUUCCACCGAUACAGCAAACCCUAGACCUAAACCGACCAGAAACGAGACCACCAGCCGUUCAAGAAACAGCAACAUCCUGUCAAGAACCCAUAAGAAACGAACAAAGCAAUGAGAGCAUUCUGGCGAGAAAAAACCGCCGACAGGGACGGCAAGAAGCUUAUCCAACAAGAGGCUUUUGUCCAAUGAGGAGGCAGGGUGUAUGUAGACAAACUGAUGGAACUGAAGUUCAGCGAACAUUUGUCAGAGUUUUGAACAAACGAUUCUAA